UGUAAAGAGCGCACACCCAAACAUCCCGACAUCAAGGUUGGGGACUUCGGGAGCACCACACGUGACCACGAACAUCACAGCACGGUGGUGACCACGAGACCGUACCGAGCUCCCGAAGUGAUCCUAGCCCUGGGAUGGUCACAGCCCUGCGAUGUCUGGAGCAUAGGAUGUAUUCUCCUGGAGUAUUACCUGGGAUCCCCAAUCUUUCCGGUCAAUGAAGAGAAAGAACACCUGGCAAUGAUGGAGCGAAUCCUGGGGCCUUUGCCAAGUGACAUGGUAAAGAAAACCAGGAAACGCGGAUAUUUCCAUCAUGACCGGGUGGAUUGGGACGAACGUAGCUCUGCUGGGAGAUACGUGUCCUGGUGGUGUAAACCCCUGAAGGCAUUCAUGACCAGCUAUAGUGACGACCAUGAGAACUUUUUUGACCUGGUUGAAAAGAUGCUCCAUUACGACCCAGCAGAGCGAAUUACUCUGGGAGAAGCCCUGAAACACCCUUUCUUCUUCCCCCUGAGACGGGAAAAAAGGGUGCUGCCUCCUGGAGCUGGGGAGGCUGACCCAGGAGUCCUUCCCCCAAAGAAGCGUAGAAAGUAUCGCAUGUUUGUUGGAUAG